ACCUGAAAACCCUAGUUAAUUACACUUUGUCAAGUAUGGCUCUCAAUCUUCCCAAACUUCCCAUCUUGUUCCUUUUACUCUCUAGCAUGAUUCUAUUUCCCUUUGUUGAGCCACAAGCCUUAAAAUCCCCUGCAAAUGCAUUCGCUAAAACUCUUCAAAACCUGAGGGGGGUUCACAAGGGACAAAAGGUGAAAGGCGUGGGCACACUCAGAAGCUACCUCCAACAUUUUGGCUACCUAGCAAACGGCGAUUCAUCGAACGACAACUUCGAUGAAAUCUUCGAGUCUGCUAUCAAAGAUUACCAAGGGUUCCAUCACUUGCACGUCACUGGUGUGGUAGAUGAUGAAACUAUCAAAACAUUGAGCCUCCCACGUUGUGGAGUGCCUGAUAUUGUCACCAACCCUAACCCUAACCCUAAUCCAAGGGGGUCGACGGAUCCUGAAAACUACAGCUUCUUCCCGGGGUCACCAAGAUGGAGGAAAUGGGCCCUAACCUAUGCACUAUUGUCGGGUGCUACCGUGUCGACCAUCAGCGGAAAUGCUGUGAGGCAAGCAAUGCAGAAUGCCCUACAAAAAUGGGCUCAAGUCAGCAACUUCACGUUUACUGAAAUUGGAAGGACCCCAGCUGACAUAGUCUAUGGGUUCCACCGUGGCAACCACGGUGAUGGCUACCCAUUUGAUGGGCCGGGCCGAGUGCUGGCCCACGCUUUUUCGCCACAAGAUGGUAGGUUACACUAUGAUGCAGACGAACAGUGGAAUUCUAACGAUGGGUCAAACGUUGAUUUUGAAACAGUGACUUUGCAUGAAUUGGGUCACAUUUUUGGGCUUGGACAUAGCAACGUUACUGGCGCGGUUAUGUUUCCCACUUAUGCAGGGUUAAGGAGGUUUCUAAGCCAGGAUGAUAUUGAUGGCAUACGAGCCUUAUAUGGCUUUUAAGCCAGGAUAAAUUGUUGCCAAUUAACUGUAGCACGUGUGUUAAUUGGCUAUUUGUUAAUUAACUUGGCUGCUAGCAAGUUGCAUGUAUUAAGCAAUAACUAAAUAAGCCACCACGUACACUUGUUACGGUAAUAUCCUUGUAAUAAUGAUC